AUGACGUACAUCUAUCCAGACAUCUAUCCAAACAUCUAUCCAGACAUCUAUCUAGACAUCUAUCUAGACAUUUAUCCAAACAUCUAUCCAGACAUCUAUCCAAACAUCUAUCCAGACAUCUAUCCAGACAUCUAUCCAAACAUCUUUCCAGACAUCUAUCCAGACAUCUAUCCAGACAUCUAUCCAAACAUCUAUCCAGACAUCUAUCUAGACAUCUAUCUAGACAUCUAUCCACACAUCUAUUCACACAUCUAUCCAGACAUCUAUCCAAACAUCUAUCCAGACAUCUAUCCAAACAUCUAUCCAGACAUAUAUCCAGACAUCUAUCUAGACAUCUAUCCAGACAUCUAUCCAGACAUCUAUCUAGACAUCUAUCGAGACAUCUUUCCAGACAUCUAUCUAGACAUCUAUCCAGACAUCUAUCUAGACAUCUAUCUAGACAUCUAUCCAGACAUCUAUCCAGAGAUCUAUCUAGACAUCUAUCCAGACAUCUAUCCAGACAUUUAUCCAGACAUAUAUCCAGACAUCUAUCUAGACAUCUAUCCAGACAUCUAUCUAGACAUCUAUCCAGACAUCUAUCCAGACAUUUAUCCAGACAUAUAUCCAGACAUCUAUCUAGACAUCUAUCCAGACAUCUUUCCAGACAUCUAUCUAGACAUCUAUCCAGACAUCUAUCUAGACAUCUAUCCAGACAUCUAUCCAGACAUCUAUCUAGACAUCUAUCCAGACAUAUAUCCAGACAUCUAUCUAGACAUCUAUCCAGACAUCUAUCUAGACAUCUAUCCAGACAUCUAUCCAGACAUUUAUCCAGACAUAUAUCCAGACAUCUAUCUAGACAUCUAUCCAGACAUCUUUCCAGACAUCUAUCUAGACAUCUAUCCAGACAUCUAUCUAGACAUCUAUCUAGACAUCUAUCCAGACAUCUAUCUAGACAUCUAUCCAGACAUCUAUCCAGACAUCUAUCCAGACAUCUAUCUAGACAUCUAUCUAUCCAGACAUCUAUCUAUCCAGACAUCUAUCUAG